ACGCUCCGUGAGAUAAGGUGCACGUUCGCAGCUGCAAUGUCAAAAGCAAGCCAGACCGCUUGCGCGAUUUUAGCGCGAAUGCGAAAAUCUGAACAUCAAACGCACACACACACAUAACUUCAGCAUCGUUUCGUUUCGUGUCCACAACCGCACACAGAACAAACACAUCAGCGAGUCGCGAAACUGCGCAAGUUUGGUUCAGGUUUGGUUGUGUGUCGAUUCGAGCUUGUUGCGCAGAGUUUCUUUGCUAGCGAAGUGAAGCGGAUUACGCGUUUUUGUACGGUGUCGGAAGAACUUGACUACUCGCGAGUGUUCUGCGUGCGGUUUUAAAAAAAUUAAAUGGAUGCCAUCAUCAAGAGCGUCUUUUCGUUGAAAAUACUGUUUUCAGUGCACGUUAUACUGUAAUUUAAUUGAGAUAUUUAGAGUGCGUUUUGAAAAGUAAGGUCGUAUCGUUGGAGUGAUUGUUUUUUAUCAGGAUAAUAAAAUUUUGAACAUUUGGGUUGAGUGUUUUGGAAUUUCUAAGUGCAGAGUAAUUUGGUGUUAGAACAACAAAAAAUCUAGUGAAUAAGCUUGAAUAAAAAUGGAUACACCGAAGCGAAUAAAAACCAUCGCUUCGCCAUACAUUGGGAGCCCUCCAUCGUGCAGUAAUCAAAUGCCUUCGCUUGUUCUCCACGGAACACCUGGAGAUAACAAACACCAACAGCAUCACCCGUGGGGCGGCGGUGGGGGUUGGCCUCCGCACGAAUCCUUGACAAGUCCGCCGUCCACCUGUAGCUCACCGGAUGUACUCGGUGCGAAAUCGCUAACGGGAACCCCAACCACCCACGGGUGCAACAACAACAGUUGGAAGCACCAGCAGCAACAACAGCAAUAUUCCAGCGGAAGCAGCUCGGCGGAAAAGUCGGAAAACAAACGGGGCCGACCGCGAUCGGAGGCGCUGACCACCCUAAUGGUGGAGGGCUCGAUUUCACCGUCGGCCAUCAAGUGCCGGUACUGUCAUCGUGUUUUUCCAAGGGAAAAAUCGCUCCAGGCCCAUCUCCGGACACAUACAGGUGAACGACCUUACCAGUGCGACUAUCCGGGCUGCACACGUGCCUUCACUCAGAGCGGGCAGCUCAAAACCCACCAACGGUUGCACACCGGCGAACGGCCCUUCAUCUGCGCCGCUUCCAACUGUCAGAUGCGUUUUACCCACGCGAACCGGCACUGUCCGGACCAUCCGUACGACAUGCUGAAGCGGUGCGACGACUUUGUGAUCCAAGCCGUUCCGGAGCAGAAUGCUGAAGUGCUGAAGUGGUUGGACAAAUAUCGGCUGGAGCGUGAAGACCGUACUCCGACGCGUAAAACCCCUAAGCGGCCGAACAAUAGCGCCCACAUGGAUAACGAGAACCGAUCGCAGUCCGCGAUGAAUAAUGAGAAUUAUGCAUCAAACGGUAAUGGUGCAUUCCAGUCUCCGAUUACGCCACGAUCGCCAUUCAAAAGCCGCAAAGGGUUGAUGUGCGAACUGGAUAUGAAUGCCGGCAUGGGGCUGACGGCCAGUCCAAUCACAGCUAAGACCAAACCAAACAUUCCUAAGCUAAUCAAGUGGCAGGAACCCACCAGUCAAGAAGAGGAUGAUUCGGGCGAUGAAAGCAGCGGUGUUCCUGCUCGUUCGACGUUCAAUCCAAAGAAAAAGUGGCUUCGAGACGCUUGGCAAGAAGAUUUGGCCAAGCCGUUGGAACCAAGCAUCAUUUCGCCUCAGUUACUAUCCAGCACCACAUCAACAGCUGCUCUUAAGCAGCAACUGAACCAGGAAAGCAGCAACACUGGAAUACAAACUACGAACACUGCCGGAAUGCAUGUCAAUCCGAAUACGAUGCGUCCAACAGUGCUUAUGGUAGCCAGCAAGGAUUGUGCUCGUCCGCUCAACGAACAGCCUCAUAUGCCAAUAGUUCAGUCACAGCAGCACCGACCGGAGGAAACCAACCGAAAACUGCAGGGAGCACUCGCUCUCAUGCAACUUGCCACCGAGGAUGCCGGCACGUUCAUCGGACAAUACGGUGCCGAUGUGCGGCCAUCCUCGAACACGAGUGAGCCCUCGUCCACCAUCACAUCUCCAGCGUCCUCAUCCUGUUCGCCACCGGUGACCGCCGCCGGAGCAUACCACCUUACGCAACCCCAAUACCCUCUCCGAAUACCGAUGAUUUCGCACCUGUCGGGGGACAUCGAUCACAGCAUCCCGUUCACAAUCGCCGCCGAAGGCUACGGGAACUAUCAGUGAAUCGCUGAUAUUAGCUAAGGAAAAAGUGCGCUGUAUAGUUUAUGGUAUGCUUCCCAAAAAGUUCGAUCUCUUAAAUCUCUUUCUUGUCUAUUUUUUUUUUUGUGUCUUGGUCCGUUACUAAACAUUAUAAUUUUAAGCUUACCCAAAGAAAAUCAAAGAGGGAAACGGGGAAAUGUAAGUAACUACGAAACGUGCUCCGUCAAUUUUGCCCUGUGAUGAGUCUGUGUAUCUGUAUUUCUAAGUUCCACUCGCUGUUUGUUUCGAUUUUAUAGAUUUUUAUUUUACUUUCGACGUACGAAAUUGGAGCCGUAACUCUUGCUUUGUGAUUCUAGCACGAAUUCGCUAGAGAUGGCAAGAUUACCUUUUUACCAUAAUUACCGAUAACAUGCUUAUUUAUAUACUUAUACUUUGAUGUAUAUUCAUGAUAAAAUUGAAGGAGAGCUAUUUAUUGUUUUAUAAGAUUAUGACAAAGUGAAAAGCUAUGAAUUGACGAUCUUAACUGGAUAAUGAAUUCUUGUGUAGGAUACUGUUACGUACGUAACUGAAAAGCUAAUCAUCAUGGUAAGACUUUCGAUUGUAAUAUAAGAACUCUUUUGUACCAAUUGUACGACGUACGUUUAUAUACUUUAUUAUAAAAGCUCAGUGAGAAAAUGUUUCAAGAAUAACGUGUAAAAUAAUUUAUCAUA